GGGACCGAGGGAGCGCGGAUCCCGGCUCUCGGGAUCACAAACUCAGAGCCAGAGCUCUCCGCGCGCACCCGAGCCUCUGGCCGCCCGCGCAGCCCGACGCGGAACCCGGGCGCAGCGGGACCCCGUGCAGGACGGGCGCGGGGCGGCGGCGGCGGCCGUCCAUGCGGCGCGCUCGGGGCUGCCCGGCGCCGGGAACCACGCGGGGGCGAGGCGAGGCGUCCACCGGCCGCUCCGGGACACGGACCGCCAGGAGUUGAGUGCCACCCCCGUCUGCAGAAAAUUGGCAGCAUCUCUGAGGAACCCUUGCUUUUCCUGGGAUACCCAGCAUCAUGGUUCCCUGUUUCCUGGAGUCUCUCAGUGUCCUGGGUUCCCUCCUGCUGCUUGGACUCCAGCUCGUCUGCCCACAGCCCUCCACUGAACACAGAAAGGUCCCGCAGCGGAUGGCGGUGGCCGAGGGCGCUCCCGAGGACGGCGGCGGCGGCGCCCCGGGCGUGUGGGGAGCCUGGGGCCCCUGGUCCGCCUGCUCGCGCAGCUGCAGCGGCGGCGUGAUGGAGCAGACGCGACCCUGCCUGCCCGGCUCGUACCGCGCACGCGGGGGAACGCCGCCCGGAGCCCCCGCGCGCGCCUUCGCAGGCCACGUGGUGUCAGCCGUGCGUACGUCGGUGCCGCUGCACCGGAGCCGCGAGGAGCCACGCGCCCCCGCCAGCCUCAACUCCAGCCGCCAGGGCCCGGCGCAGCGAGGCAGCCGGCACCCGCAGGCCCGGGGCCGCGAACCCACGGCGGAGAGAAGGAGCAGGACCCGAGGUCCCAUCGGCCCUGGCAUGUAUGGCUAUGGUAAGGCCCCAUACAUCUUACCACUGCAGACGGACUCUGCACACCUGCCACAGAGGCUUCGGAGGCAGAGGCCCUCAUCCCGGAAUUCCAGGUCCCAGGGGGCAUCUGGUUCUAGCCAUGGCUACAACCUUCCAGCCCACCGGGGCCCCCGACAUGGACCUCUGUACCAGAGUGACAGUGGCCCUCGUCCUGGACUGCAAGUCUCAGAGAGCUCCAUCUACCAGCUGCCUCUGACCCAUGACCAAGGCUUCCCUGAAGCCUCAAGUCUCUUCCACAGCCCAGAAACAAGCAGCAGCCCUGGCCUGGGGGCCCACAGGGCAGCUCAGAGCUUCUCCCAGCCUGCCCGAUCUACAGCAAUCUCCUGCAUUGGGGCCUAUCGGCAGUACAAGCUGUGCAACACGAAUGUGUGUCCAGAAAGCAGUAGAAGUAUCUGGGAGGUACAAUGUGCAUCCUACAACAACAAGCCGUUCAUGGGCCGGUUUUAUGAAUGGGAACCGUUUGCAGAAGCCAAGGGCAAUCGGAAGUGUGAGCUGAACUGCCAGGCAAUGGGCUACCGCUUCUACGUACGGCAGGCUGAGAAGGUCAUUGAUGGUACCCCCUGUGACCAGAACGGCACGGCCAUCUGCGUGUCUGGGCAGUGCAAGAGCAUUGGCUGUGAUGACUACCUAGGCUCCGACAAAGUCGUGGACAAAUGCGGGGUGUGCGGAGGCGAUAACACGGGCUGUCAGGUUGUGUCGGGUGUGUUUAAGCAUGCCCUCACCAGCCUGGGCUACCACCGAGUUGUUGAGAUUCCUCAAGGAGCCACAAAAAUCAACAUCACCGAGAUGUACAAGAGCAACAACUAUUUGGCCUUGCGAAGUCGUUCUGGCCGCUCCAUCAUCAAUGGGAACUGGGCGAUUGACCGGCCUGGAAAAUAUGAAGGAGGAGGGACCAUGUUCACAUACAAGCGACCAAAUGAGAUUUCGAGCACUGCCGGAGAGUCCUUUUUGGCCGAAGGUCCCACUGAUGAGAUCUUGGAUGUCUAUAUGAUACACCAGCAGCCUAACCCAGGAGUCCACUACGAGUACGUAAUCAUGGGGAGCAAUGCCAUCAGCCCACAGGUGCUGCCUCACAGGAGACCAGGGGAGCCCUUCAACGGCCAGCUGGUACCAGAAGGGGGGAGCCAGCAGGAGGGAGAAGGGAAAGAGGGGGACGAAGAGAAGUCAGAUGUGCACGGCGGGGCACCUGAGAUAUUCACCUCGGAAUCAGCACAGACCUUCCCGGUCAGGCAUCCUGAUAGAUUCUCUCCCCACCGGCCGGACAACAUGGUACCACCAGCACCACAGACCCCACGGCGGAGCCGGGAUCAUAACUGGAAACAGCUGGGGACGACGGAGUGCUCGACAACCUGCGGGAAAGGAUCUCAGUACCCUAUUUUUCGCUGUGUGAACAGAAACACUCACGAAGAGGUUCCUGAGAGCUACUGUGACUCGAGCAUGAAGCCGACCCCGGAGGAGGAACCCUGCAACCUCUUCCCUUGCCCAGCCUUCUGGGACAUCGGGGAGUGGUCUGAGUGCAGCAAAACCUGUGGCCUGGGCAUGCAGCACCGCCAGGUUCUGUGUCGCCAGGUGUAUGCCAACCGCAGCCUGACGGUGCAGCCCUACCGCUGCCAGCACCUGGAGAAGCCCGAGACCACCAGCACCUGCCAGCUCAAGAUCUGCAGCGAGUGGCAGAUCCGGACGGACUGGACCUCGUGCUCGGUGCCCUGCGGAGUGGGGCAGAGGACCCGCGAUGUGAAGUGUGUGAGCAACAUCGGGGAUGUGGUCGAUGAUGAGGAAUGCAACAUGAAGCUCCGGCCCAACGACAUUGAGAACUGCGACAUGGGACCCUGCGCCAAGAGCUGGUUCCUGACGGAGUGGAGCGAGAGGUGCUCGGCAGAGUGUGGGGCUGGAGUGCGGACACGCUCGGUGGUAUGCAUGACCAACCACGUCAGCAGCCUGCCCCUGGAGGGCUGCGGGAACAACCGGCCAGUGGAGGCCACCCCGUGUGACAACGGGCCCUGCACGGGCGAGGUGGAGUGGUUUGCGGGCAGCUGGAGUCAGUGUUCCAUCGAGUGUGGGAGCGGGACCCAACAGAGGGAGGUGAUUUGUGUUAGGAAGAAUGCUGACACCUUUGAAGUGCUGGACCCCUAUGAAUGUUCCUUCCUGGAGAGACCCCCCAGCCAGCAAUCCUGCCACCUCAAGCCCUGUGGAGCCAAAUGGUUUAACACAGAAUGGAGCAUGUGUUCCAAGAGCUGCCAGGGCGGCUUCCGCGUCCGGGAAGUGCGCUGUCUGUCUGAUGAGAUGACCCUAAGUAAUCUCUGUGACCCUCAGUUGAAACCAGAAGAGAAAGAAUCUUGUAACCCUCAGGACUGCGUCCCUGAAGUUGACGAAAACUGCAAGGACAGAUACUACAACUGCAACGUGGUGGUCCAGGCCAGGCUCUGCGUCUACAACUACUACAAGACCGCCUGCUGCGUCUCCUGCACGCGCGUGGCCAACAGGCACUCGGGCUUCCUGGGGAGCAGAUAACACCCCGCUGCGCAGCCGUGGGCAGGUCAGGGAGUCUGUGAGCAGUGGGGCUGGCUGACUGCUGCCCUUCCUGGGGGCUCCCUGGCCUGUGGAGCUGCCAGCCAGCUUAGUCAGCACCCCGCCUUCAUAACGUGUACACGCGGUGCCCAGGAGCGAGACCACGGGUGUCCUUUGAACAUCACCGUGAACUGCCGACCCCUCCUUCAGAAACCUGGCGCCUGCGCUCUCUGCAGACCGAGCGGUGGGGACUGCCUGCAGCUCUCGGCCGACUCCCAUCCUGGCACUUUCUAAGUCAGCAGUCAGGCCCUGUCUGGGCACUGCCUAGCCCCAGUGCUGCUGGCCUUUCUAAUACCAGCGCCGCCCCUUGGAGAAUCAGAGGAGACAGUCCCCCCACCCCAGAGCCCCCCCCCCCCAAGCCUUGCUAGGAUGCCUGCAUCCCUCUGUUACCUCAGCCCGGCUGUGCCUAUUUUUUACUCUCAAAGACAUUAGGCUCUUUUCCAGCCUUGUGACACAAGUAUCUCAUGCCAGUUUAGAGCUUUAUUGUUUUGCAGGUGUAUUCAGAGAUAUUAGCUCAUUAGCGGCUGUGAGCACAGCGCCCCAGAAUGGGAGUCAGGGAAUGAAUCGUUGUCCCCAUUUUACUGACAAGGAAACUGAGACUAAACUUAGGUAACCUACCUGCCACGUUAUCAGGUAAUUGACCCAUUCAGUGACAGAGCUGAGUCCUGACCCCAGUCGUCUGACCACAAAGCCCUCACCCCGAGGCCUGUCCAGAAGGCUUAGGUCUGCAGGAUGUGGCUUCAUUUCAGACCUAGAGGCUGAAAAGUUUCCCAUUCAGCAAACAAAGCCCAGACCUUUGAAUUCUUUCCUCGGGCCAAAAGUCAAGCCUUUAUCUCCUGCACUCAGUUGUUUCAGGAGUCUGUUUCGUUUUUCCCUUGCCCCACAGAGUCACAGGUCCUGGUGACAGGACUCUGCACAGUUUCUUAAACCCCAUCCUUAAUGGAACUAUGCCAUGAGGUAAGAAAGCCAUUGGGGUAGCAAGGUGAUUGCCUGAAAUUCUGAUUCCUCUCCCCAGUGGUACAUGCCGCCCAUGGAAUCCUACAUCGUGGACCCUUUGGCCUUUUGUCUCCCAGAGCAGAUUUCCAGAGCACACAGCUCUGUCCCCUGGGCUCUCGCCCCUUCCUCAGACAUCUCUCCUGGGUUCUUCCCCACACAUCGCCCAGUGCAAAGUCUAACCAACCUAUCCCAGCAAAAGCCCUAUGUUUAUAUUAGAAAGAGUCUCCCUUGGGUCUUUCUGGUUUGAUUUGCAGAUGUCUCUCUGUGACUUUGCAUCCCUCCCUUCCCCCAUGACUCACAACCUAUAUCCCCCUUCCCAGAUGUGCGCACUAAGAUCUAUAUUAAUGCAGCCAGCCUGGGAAAAGGGGCUGUGAACUCCUCCACGAUGGCCGCAGCGGCAGGGUCUUCCCUGAUUCACUUCUCAUAACUCUGUAGUUCCCGAGGCCUCUGGCUGGAAGGGGAAUGCAGUGCAUAUGAAAGAUGAGCUAUCUGAAAAAUCAGUGAGGAUAAAGAAGGGGGGACGUAUAUAUAUAUAUUCUUACACCCACUAAGAAAAAUAAUCAGGCUGAACAAAUUGGAAGCGUAUAGAAAAUUUAUCUUAUUUAGUACUAUGGUCCUGGGCGUAUUUCCCUUUCAAAGCAAGCAUUUGCGUUGAAAUUCAUAGCAACUGAGUUUCUCCCGUGAGCCCUUUAACCCCAAAAUCCGCUACUUUGAUGAUGAUUUGCAGCUUUUGGAAGCAGUAUCACCAGCUCAGUCUUACACACUCCGUUAGGUUCCCACUACCCUUGAGCUUUCAGAAAGCACCCUAUCUCUCCUGAUCCUUACAUAACUCAUGCAAUAAGCAGCAGGACAGAGGCCCAGAUUCCUGUGCCCACCAAGCAAAAACAGACCAGAGAGGCCAAGCAUAUGGCUGGUUUCCAACCAGCACCCCCUCUUUCCCUCUCGCCACUUGCCUUUGCUUCUUGUCCCAAGGGAGGGUUUCCUUUAUGCAACUGCUCUCAGAUGUUGCUGUACAAGCCAGUCAUUUGAAGGAUUCUUUGGAGGAAGCUUUCUUUACCUGCUGGGGGACAGAGCAAGAUCAAUGGGUGGAAGAGCAGAAAGGCUGAUUUCAGCUCAGAUUGCGGGAAAACCUUCUAACAGAGGUAUGGUGUCCUAAUGAGUGAGCUCUCCAGCCUAAAAGGGAUUUCUCCACCAAGUGGGAGGUGAGCAUCCUGGGUCUUUCCAACUCAGGAUUCUCACGACUGGGCUGGGGCAGUGACGGCUUUGUCUCUUUGACAUCCAGCAGUGUCCUGUGGCUCCUAAACGUUACCUAAAAGUUCUUUAAAGGGACAGUGGUCCUCUCAUGAGAACGGCCAUCCUGCCAGUUGUGGAAUUGGGUAGGAGCAAAUAAAUCAACCCCAUGUCUUCAGGGGAAAGAAGUACUGAAACUAGGGGUCAUUUUUCUCUUGCAACAAAUAGUUGAGUUAAUCUUGGAAUUCAUUUACGUCUGGAAAGCUUAUAGAUUGCUAGAUGAGGGGUUUUAUCAGCUUGACUUGGAAAUCCAAUUUUUACUAAUCUCCUUGUUUCUUAUAUCAACGUCUAAAUGCCUUUGUUCUUAGCACAACACACAUGAUAAUGUCCUUUAGUAUUUGCAGUGACAAUGUUCCUUUCCCCCUCCAGAGAUGCCUCUUUCUCAUUUUCUUGUCCCCUUUAUCUCACCCUCUCCUUCCCGUGACCCACCAUCUCCUUCUCAGUCCUCUGCCUCGUCCCUUAACUGGCCAUGAUGCAGAACUGAAAUUUACAUUUUAAUACAGCUUUUUUUUUUCCUGUGUACCAGAUUGCGUCAGUCCCUGCUCUGAAUUUUGAAAUUAGGUAAAUUAAAGCUGUUCUGUGUUUUUCUCACAAAAAAAAUCAACAAAACUGCAAACAGAAAUAGUUUGCUUUUUUUACUAUCACUUAUUAGAAACGGAAAGUGUGCUCCUUGCAGCCUAGGCAAAGGCCAGUCAGUGCAGCCCAUCCUUCCCAUCCUCAUGUGGACUCGCCUUUCUCCCCUUAGAAAAGGAGCAGCAUAAGAAAUAGGGCAUUAAAAAAAAAAAAAAAAAAAAGCUUGUAAACCCGGCCACUAGAUGGCGUCAGUACAGUUCAUUAAAGGCGUGUACAGUGCCCCCUGCUUGGGAGCUGGUGGGGAAGCCAGAUGAGCAGGGCCAGUCCCCGCCCUAGAGGAGCUGCAGUGUGACAGAAGCACUCAGAACUGUCCCCAUCUGUCCCGUUGCCUUACUUCUGUGGCCCAGGGCUCUUGGGGUGUGUAUCACUUACUCACCCUCAAAGUGUUUAGCAUUCAACACUCUUUCCUUUAAAAAGAAUGACCUUCCAGAGGGAUGAAAAUGAGGGACACUGGCUUCAUUUCUUUUUGUCAAGCUGUGUGGCAGGGAGAGAAACCCAGAUGUUGCUAGUAACUUACUAAACCAGUGGCUCUCUUUUUCUUUAAUACAGCCACUUUAGAAUUUGAAUAUCUGCUUUCUAAUGUCAAAGACACAAAUAUAAGUGGUAAAAAGAAACAUGACUUCCCUUGAAACAGGCUGAAUAGUCAAACCUGAGGGAACCUCUGUCAGCCUGGCAGGUGGAGGCCAACAUUUGAUCCUGCCAUAUGAAACACUUUUUACAUGGCUUAGAUGGGAAAUUAGACACCUUCCUGAUGAAAUUGGUGGAUGCCAAAAAGCUGGAGAGGUAACGCUUGAAUGACAUGUUCUAGUACCAAAAAUGUCUGGGAGACUAGAACGAAACCUGGGAUCUUCAAAAUUCACCAGGAAGAAACAUAAAGUCCCAUCUUUGGAUUUUAAAAAAUACUAUACAAGUACAAGGUGGGGGAGAUGCAAGAGUUUCAGUGGAUGAAGCUCAAUGUGAGUCAAGAAAGUGGGAUGGAACUACCCCCAAACACACACACACACACACACACACACACAACACACACGACAUUUAGGCUACAUAAGGAGAAAAUGUUGGUGAACCGUAUUUGUGAUUGUUGGAAACUUUAAAAAGAAUAUUGGUAAUGUAUAACAUUCAGAUGAGCACGCCCAAUCCUGAUGAGGGGCGCAGACUCUGAGAAGCAGUGGAAAGGACUUCAUGAGAAUGUUUAGCCCGGAGGAGAGCCAUCCUAGGACCAGAAGGUAAAAGCUGCAGGGAGACACAUUUUACUUCUUGCAGAAGAACCACCUUUCUACAAGUGAGAGCCUUCAGAAGGUAGAGCGCUCUGUGGUUGGUGGUGACUGACCUGUCCCUGGAGGUCUCAGCAGAGGCUUAACGGCCAUUUGUCAUGGGUGCUGAAGGGGGGAUUCGAGCACCCAGCUGGGGCAACAGGACUUUUAAGAUUCUCUCCAAUCUGGGCUUUGGUGACUCUGUAAGUAGAACAGCUUCAAGUGAUUCACCUCGUCUGGGAUGGCAAGUACACGGCACAUGUACUUCCCAUUUCUACCAUUUUGAGCCCAGUGUUGCACCCCUCUCCAGGGCUGAAUGUGGCCUCAUACCUCGGAGAACCACUAGCCAAUUGGUCAGAGCUGCCCUGUCUGGUCCUGCUUCAUAGAUGAGAAACCAGUUGUCCCGAUGGCUAGUUCCCUGCCCAGGGUCACACACCUUGAUGGGGGCAGAACCUCGGCUAGACUAGCACCCUUUGAAUACCAUCUCACUUUCUCAACUCACUUUGCUUUCUUGUGCCUUUGCUGGAGCUACGUCAUUCUCUCCCCUCUCAACCACACUCCUGGUUCUUUCUAUUCAGUGGGUAACAGUGGGAGACUGCCAUCAUGCUGAGGAAAAGUGACCCCCACAGGGUGGGAUUCUCUAGCCAGCUUUCUUAGUAUCUUCCAGACGUUGAGCCCCUUGCCUCAGUGAGAGGAAAGCCAUUCUGUUACAUAAUUUCCACCUGCCUUGACCCCCAGAUCCCCACCAUUCAGUUUGACAGAAGGAUAUACUUUGUUAUAACUUAUUAUUUUGUCCUUUGUAAAUACAAGAUGUUUAUAGGAAAUGUGUAUUCUGAACUCUACCGGGCAGAAUGAGUCACUACACCAAAAUAGUUCUAUUAUUUAGAAUAUGUUAAUUUUAAAGGGACCUAAUAGGUAUUUAUUUACAUAUUUGACCCACAUUUGUGUAAAAUUAUUUGAUCCUACUAACCCAGCUUCCCGGAAAGUUGCUGCACGUGAUGUCUUAUUCCAAGUCCAUAGUUACAAUUUAGUAUACUGAUUAGCCAAAUUCCUGGGUUUUAAGAUUGAAUAUAAAUUACUCUGCUUUUCGACUCAUUCAGGGGUUUUUACCCUCGGAUUAUACCUGAAGCAGGUCUCUCUGGAUUGCCACCUUUCCACCUUGAAUAUCAUAUUUGCUCAUGUAAUCUGCCAUCUCCUCAUCCUCAAACAUUUGAAGAAGGAAUUAGGAGGGUCUUCUUCAUCUCUUCUCUUUGUCUUGCCUCGUUCCUUAGAAUCACCAGCAGGAAAUUGUUCGGGAGGCUGGCUUACAGCUGUGACGGAGGCAGGGUCCCCUGGCAAGGGCAGGGAGGGCUGUAAGGGAGGUGAUGCAUUCACUGCUCUGACCACGCCUCCAGGGCCCCCGCUGGACACUGCUGAGUGGGAGCUCUGGGUUUUCAACUGCACAGCCAGGAGCAAAGAACCCACAGAAUACCCCAUCCACCCCAAGUCACCCGAACGGUGUCAAUUAUUGCUUAAAGAGGCGGAGGCGAAUUAUAUGAGUAAAUAAUCUGUUUUCUCUUCAGCAAAAAUGACAACUAUUUUUGUGUAUGACUAAUUUAUUUUUAUUAUUGUAAAAAUACAAUAAACUGGUUUUAAAAAGUCA